CCUCAGGAACCAGCCCAGCCCUACCCACUCACUCAGGCCCUGCUUCCCUCGGCAUCUACCCGCUAUCCCGGUUCUUAGCACGGAGGACGCUCCCGCUGGCUCGCAUGGCCGGAUGAGAGAAGGCGGCGCGCGCAGGCUCCACAAGGCCUCGGCUCUACUUGACAGAUCCUCUCUGGUCUGAAACCUCAAGAUGGCCUCCAAUUCAGCCAGCGACCCCCGCCCAGCUCCUGAUGAAAAUGAGUUUCCAUUUGGUUGCCCCCCAGCUGCCUCCCAGGACCCCUCAGAGCCCAGGGCUCUCUGCUGCACCACCUGUCUCUCUGAGAAAUUGAGAGAGGGUGAAGAUCUAAUCUGUCCCAAAUGCAGAGCAGAAAACCUCCAACCUGUGAGCCCAGGAAGCCUUCUGACUCAGGAGAAGGCCCACCCUGAGGUGACUGAGGCUGGAGUCCUGUGUCCCUUUGCAGGUGUUGGCUGUUCCUUCAAGGGGAGCCCACAAUCCAUGCAGGAGCACGAGGCCACCUCCCAGGCCUCCCACCUGCACCUGCUGCUGGGGGUCCUAAAAGAGUGGAAGUCCUUGCCAGGCUCCAACCUGGGCUCCACGCCCAUGGCCCUGGAGCGGAACCUGUCCGAGCUGCAGCUUCAGGCGGCCGUGGAAGUGACUGGGGACCUGGAGGUCGACUGCUACCGGGCGCCUUGCUGUGAGAGCCAGGACGAACAGGCCCUGUGGUACCUCCUGAAAGAGAAGCAUUUGGCUCAGCUGGAGGAGAAACUGCGUGUGUUUGAGAACAUCGUGGCUGUCCUCAACAAGGAGGUGGAGGCUUCCCACCUAGCACUGGCCGCCUCCAUCCACCAGAGCCAUCUGGACCGAGAGCACAUCCUGACCUUGGAGCAGCGGGUGGUGGAGUUGCAACAGACCCUGGCCCAAAAGGAUCAGGUCCUGGGCAAGCUGGAACAGAGCCUGCGGCUCAUGGAGGAGGCCUCCUACGAUGGCACUUUCCUAUGGAAGAUCACCAAUGUCACCAGACGGUGUCAUGAGUCAGUGUGUGGCAGGACUAUCAGUCUCUUCUCUCCAGCUUUCUACACGGCCAAGUAUGGUUACAAGCUGUGUCUGCGGUUGUACCUGAAUGGGGAUGGCUCAGGCAAGAAGACCCACCUGUCCCUGUUCAUCGUCAUCAUGAGAGGAGAGUAUGACGCUCUGCUGCCCUGGCCAUUCCGGAACAAGGUCACCUUCAUGCUACUUGAUCAGAACAACCGUGAACACGCCAUUGAUGCCUUCAGGCCUGACCUGAGCUCGGCCUCCUUCCAGCGGCCGCAGAGUGAGACCAACGUGGCCAGUGGCUGCCCGCUCUUCUUCCCCCUCAGCAAGCUGCAGUCGCCCAAGCACGCCUACGUAAAAGAUGACACAAUGUUCCUCAAGUGCAUUGUGGACACCAGUGCUUAGGGAUGUGGCGUAUCUCCUGAGGGGAACCAACUUAGACUAGGGGACUUAGCUGGAUAGGCCUCCAGGCCCUGCCCUUGGAGCCCACGGUGCAAGAGAAGGAUGGGCUGCAGCUGGAGUGACCAGAGUGCCACAGCAGCUUGGUUGUGGCUACUGAGAGAGCAAGAGAACUGGAGUUGUGCCAGCAGAGACAGAGUGGAGAAGGCAGAAGUGCUCUCUUCAUAACGCCAGGAGGCAGGCACACUCAGAGGCUGGCACACCAGGAGACUGGCACACAAGCAGACCAGCAUGCCAGCAGGUCCUGAAUGUUGAGACCACCUUAAGACUGGCCUGGGGCAUGGAUGUUGAGCCAAGGCUGUGGGGCCUAAGCAGAGGAGCACUCCUACUGGGAAGGUCUCUGCAGGCCAGUGGAAACUGGAAACACAUCAAGUCUCUCUGUCCAGACUCAGAACUAGGACCACAGGCAGAAGUGUCAGACGCUAGUGUGAAUUUGACCUGCCCGGGGCUGGGUUCCUGUGUUAACAGAUAAAUCCGGAAGCUGUACCAGGAAAGCCUUGCUGGUUGGAUUCAAAGACCUUUGAUGUUUUUACAGACGAAACAAAUAAUAACAAGCUUCCUGUCCCUGUGAUGGGGCUUGAUCCCAGGGCCCCUGGUGUACUGAGUGUCUGCCCUACCACACCCUCAGCCCUAGAGAAAGAUUCUAAGCAAGACAUGAGCUAGCCAAGACAUCUCACGGGCCCACAGGCAAAUGUGCUCAUGAGUGAUCCUUUUCUGUAAAAUGGAGUCACAGCGACAAUGUGGUGGCUUACAGGCUUGGAGUAAACAGGUGAGGCAAACUAGUCUACAUAUAGUUCUCAGCCCCAGGCCUGGCUCUGGAAACAAUGUAGUACAGCCGUUGUUGCUACCCCACCAGACCCUCCCAAGCACCAGUGUGUAGAACAGGAUACUUGCAGCAAAAUCAUAUGUUUGUUUAUGUGCUGGGGAUUGAAUCCGGGGUCUCACGUGUGCUAAGUGCACACUCUACCACUGAGCUACUCCCCGCCGCCCAGCUUCUCGGUAGACAUCCAGCAGCUGAUAAAGCCAUGGUACCUGUUUUUUAAUCUACAGACUGAUACCCAGGCUGUUUAAGGCAUGUGCACAGGAUUGCAUGAAGAAGCUGUGAAGCAAUGCAGGCUGCUACAGUGCCUUUGGCCAGCCCCAUCUUAAUGCCUUCCUCGGCACAGCACUGCCCACCCCAGGUUAAGCCUCAGCCUCCAGGUGACUGCCUCUUGCACAUUACAGUAUUCUCCGAAGCUGACAGUUUCACCUCUGCCCUGGUUAAUUUGACCGAACAACCUGGUUCUCUUGCUGUUUCCAGCUUUUCAGUAAUCAUCAGGUGUGACCGGAAAGGGAUUUUUGUGGAUGUAAUUACCACUUAUAAUUGGUCGGUUUAAUUAAAGGAUUAUCCUGGUUGAUCUGUUAGCAGGUGCUAGGAACGAAACUGAGGUUUACCUGAAGAAGAAAGUCAUCUUGUGGGCGGGAGCGGCAGCUGGUCUUAUUCACUGCCUGACCGGGUGGUACCUACUGGCCUCAGCAGACCCCGCAAUCAAGCCAGUUCUUUGCAAUAAAUCAACCCAAAUGAUUCAGCCCAGAAGAUUAUUUUACCCCCACUCAAUGUUAUUUCUAAAUGUGAAUUUGUUUUUAAAUGUAUAAAAUAAAUCAUAAUUCAAAGUAA